CCCAAAGGGAAAAGGUAUAAUAGGGUUUAUGACUAUUCACUGUUAGCGCCUCUCAAGUCUCAUCUGUCUCUCUCUAAGAAUCUCACGCUCAAUUUUUGUUCAAUUUUCGCUCGUCCGUUGCCUUGCUGCUCACAAUCACUCACUUAGGCAAGAUGAAACUCAUACAGCGUGUUUUAUGGGCUGCCAAUGCUUUCAAAUUACGAUCUUCUGAUCAUCAUCAAGCUUUCAAGAACUUUUCAACACUUCCAAAUUUUGGAUCAUUUUGAUGCAGGUAUCCCAAGGAAGACUGAAAGAAAAAUAUACAGUAAUCAGCACUUAAUCUUGGGAAUGAAUCCUUAUUCACCUUAUAAUGUUGGUAGGAGGUGCUUCAUACAAUCAGUAAGCCCAAAGGAAGCUGAGAUGGGAAACAAUUCUAGACCAAUGGACAUUAUUAGAGAACUUACAGAGGACAGUAAAAGGGUUUUCCCGAGUGGUGUUCCACUUGCUAGAUAUCAUAUCGAGCAGGACGCUGAUAUUGUUCAUAUGAAGGUUCUUCGCAACAACGCCUUUGUAACUGUGACAGAUUCGAAAGGGAACAGAAAGUUUGGAGCUACUGCAGGUAAGUUAACAGGGAAAGGAACGAAAAUUGCUCGAUACGCUGCCGAAUCAACUGCAGAACAUGUUGGGCGUGAAGCCAGAGACCGGGGUUUGAAGUCAGUGGUCAUGAAAGUAAAUGGCUUUACUUACUUUAAGAAGAAGAAACAAGCAAUUCUAAGCUUCAGGGAGGGCUACACUCAUUCUCGCGGAGAUAAGAACCCUGUGGUAUAUAUUGAGGACACAACACGACGUCCCCAUAAUGGAUGCCGCCUCCCAAAGAAGCGUCGCAUCUAAUUACUAAUCGGGUGAUUAAUGUGUCCUGUUAAUUGGAAUGCGAUGAGUCAUUGGUCUCGUGUUAAAUCAACACAGGUCCUGCUUGCUAUGUUUUUGGAGGCUUUUUUCAGCUGUCUAGUAAAUCGAGUAAAGUGUAGGCUGCUUCUUCUUCUUAUCAGUUUAGAGAGAACAUCUAAUUACCUAUUGACUGUAUCAGAUAGCAAAUACGGCCUUGUUUUGUACAAGUAUUUUCGUUGACACCUCUGACACAAGUUGUGGAAAUUGACCUGCAUUAUCACUAAUGAUUUCAUGUUGUGUCUAA